ACAAACCAAAUUUUUUUUAAAAAGCUUGAAGUGUGAAAAAAUGGCAACGGAUACAACAACAUUUCCAGAAGGUGAUGCAGAAGCUGAACUAAAUCCUGGCCAAAACACGAGUUUCGAGGUAGAUCCUGUUUCUUCAGAGAUCGCUGCUGAAAAGGUACAAAAAAUCGUGGAAAAGAGGGAAAACGCAAAGGCAAAGAGAGGCGCGACACAAACGCUAAAAAAGACGAUCAUAAUAUCAGCGGUGAUCGUGGCAGUCGCUGGAGCAGCUUUUGCUAUAACCAAGAAAUUGAAAGAGAAUAAAUGAUUUCUUCACUACAAUAUUAAUCCUCUUUAAUAUGUAACUUUUCUUCCUUACAAAAAACUAAGAAAACAUAAUUUAUCCAUAAUUAUAUUUUUACUCUUU